GCCAUCGAGGACGUUGAUGACGGCAGCAUGGGCGAGGCCGGGGAGGAGAUCAUGGUUGAUGCUUUACCGCCUGAAGUUGUUGACCUGGAACGAGAGGGUAAGGUGGAUGUGAGAAUGGAAGCGCACGCCGUGGUGCAGGAUGUCGUGGUGUCCGAAGCACCUGAGGUGCCGGAACCAGAGGUGAAGAGCGAGGAGGUGGUGGUCCGGGACACAACCAAGGUGCAUCUUGCGCAUCAACCAGAGACGAAGGCCGAUGAGGUGCUGGUCAGGGAUACGGACACGGCUGUUGUGGUGCAGGAAAUGGAAGCAAAGGGUGAGGUGUCAGGGUCUCGUGAGGCAGCUGGUGCGCAGACUACAGAGGCGGGCUACUUUUGUUGCUGGUGGUACGGGGGCAGGAAGUGGCGGUCUUUGCUGGUUCAGAGAGAUAGAUGGAGUAUGAUGAUUGCAUUAAGGAUUGUGAUACGGUUGUUGAGAGGGGAAGGGAACUUCAUGCUAACUGUACUAACUUCAAGAUGGUCUCAAGGGCACUGGCAAGGAAAGCAACUGCUCUUGUCAAACUUGCCAAGUCUUCCAAAGACUACGAUGUUGCCAUUGAUUCCAGAAGGCUCUAACUGAGCAUCAAACCCAGGUACCCUGAAAAGACUAAAUGAUGCUAAACGAGCAAAGAAGGAGCUCAAGCAACAAGAGUAUUAUGAUCCAUAAAAAGCUGAUGAGGAGCGAGAGAAAG